CGCUCCCUGCCUGUAUAGAGGGCAGUGGAAAUAAAGAGAGUUAACGGGGAUCCAAGAAGUGGCAUGUUACAGCACCGCAAUUUUUUCCUGGCUCUUCUUCUUCACGAUGUUCUUUGGGAUUUUAAUAAGAUGCGUGUGUGUUUCCCGAUAAGCAGCUUUCUCCUCGCCGUCAACUUUUACUGUCAGCUGCUGCGAGCUCAGGAUCCCUCCUGCUGCCAAUAUGCUGCUGAGUUAUCACCCUGUAAAGAAGCUUGUGACCAGCUUGCGACCAUCAAAAGUGAGUCACGCCUAAAGCAUCUCCUCCAGAGGUUACCCAAUUACUGUCCUGAGUCUCUGAAUGAUCUCUGGAUGUGCAUCAACUCUACUCUCCCAGGUGUUUCCAAGAAGUCCGAUGGUUGGGUUGGGCUUGGUUGUUGUGAACUGGCCAUCGCAGGAGAGUGUCGUAGAGAAUGCAAACAGGCAUCAUCUAAAAAUGACAUAACAAAAGUAUGCAAAAAGGUCACCGAGAACUCUCUCUACAGCUGCAUCACCAAAAAUGAAAUGGGCUCAGCAUGCUGUGGUUUUGUGGGCCGUCACACCAACUGCAGGGACUUCUGCGAUGCCAUAUUCAGGACAGACUCGACGCCAACAGAAUCCCAGAUCAAGACCGUCAAAGACUUCUGCAAGAGUCACAGCCCUAAGCUUGUCGAAUGCGUCAAUAACUUCACCGAGUCCUACCCUGCUCGCAGCCCCAUAGACAGUUUGUACUGCUGCGACCGAGCUGAAGCCCCAAACUGCCAGACGGCCUGCCGCCAUCUCCUCCGCACCAUGAAUACAGACCAAGAGAUCAUGGAGGGCCUUAUUAAGGAGUGUGGCACCCAGCCCCUCCCUCAGGAUCCAAUGUGGCAGUGUUUCCUGAGUAGAUCUCACCCUCCUUCCCCACCCCAGGAAGAGACCCCCCAUCCAGCCAAGAUGGACUGUGCCAAGCUGCACUGCUGCUCAAAGGCAAACACGUCAGUCUGCAGGGAAAAGUGCCACCAGAUCAGCACCCACUGGGGUAGCCAGACAUGGCAAGACUUUGAUCAGCUGUGUGAGUACAACCCAAUGGAGAUGGAGCUCAUCAACUGCCUGGCAGAUGUCAGAGAGCCAUGCCAGCUGGGCUGCAAGGACCUGACUUACUGCACCAACUUCAACAACAGGCCAACAGAGCUGUUCCGUAGCUGUAACAUGCAGUCAGACCAAGGUGCCAUGAACGACAUUAAGCUGUGGUCCAACGGGACGAUCAAGAUGCCCUUCAUGAACAUCCCAGUCCUAGACAUCAGGAAGUGUCUGCCAGACAUGUGGAAGGCAGUGGCCUGCUCUUUACAGAUCAAACCCUGCCACAGCAAAUCCAGGGGGAGUGUCAUAUGCAAGUCAGACUGUGUGGACAUUCUGACCAAGUGUGGGGAUAAGAAACGCUUUCAUGAAGGACAAACCCCAGAGAGGCUCUGUGAGGUACUGUCUCCCAUCGAUGACCCUGAACGCUGCAUCCCCCUCCACAGAUAUCUCACACCAAGUUCACUGAGCAACACCAUAGUGGAGGAGAUCAUCCAUCCAUGCAACCCUAAUCCAUGUCAAAGCAACCACUUAUGCCAGGUUAACAGAAAGGGUUGUCUUGAUGAAAUCAACUGUCAACCAUAUCUCUGUGUGCCAGGAUGUAAAAUGGGAGAGGCUUCUGAAUUUCUGGUGCAGCAGGAUGCUCUCAUCCAAGUUCCAACUCGUGAUGGAGCUCCCAGUUGCCACGAGAUGUGCAGCUGUGGCACCAGUGGGCGUCUGGAGAACUGUGUGGAGAUCCCCUGUGUGGAAACAGACAAGGGCUGCGUUGUAGACGGGCAACGAAAGAACCACGGGAUGACCUUUAGGACUGAUUGCAACACGUGUUCCUGCUUUGCUGGAGAAACAAUCUGCUCUACCAGGAAAUGUCCAACAGAAAGUGCCCAUUGGACUUCUACUGAUCUUCCCUGUAACUGCCCAUAUCGUUUCAUCCCAGUGUGUGCCUCCAACGGGCGGACCUAUCCCAGUGGAUGUGUGGCUCGUUGUAUGGGAUUCAAAGACCACCAAUAUGUUUUUGGCCCCUGCCAUUCCAUUAAACCUUGCUCUGACAUAACCUGCCAAAGAAACCAGAGGUGCAUCCCAAGGCGGCGUGUUUGUCUGAGCGACUCUUCGGAUUGUCCACAGUAUGAGUGUGUUAGUCGGCCAGCAGUCUGCGACAGAAACAGCAUGGAGCCGGCUUGUGACAUCGAUGGCCGGGUGCAUCGCAGCCUGUGCCAUCUGCAGCAGUCCGGAAAGAUGCUGGCCUACAUGGGGCACUGCCAGGAGGCCUGCAAGAAGAAAAGCGAAGUCUGUGGUCACAACGGUGAGACAUACAACACAGUGUGUGAGGCCUUCUCUGACCGUGUGGCUGUUGACUACGAGGGUCCCUGUCGUGCUGUAGGGGCCUUAUCCGAUUUGGCUCUAGAUUCAGUGUGUAGUGAGGUGUCCUGUCCACCGAUAUCAAGGCCAGGCUGCCACCCCUUAAUCCCACCUGGAGCCUGUUGUCCCAUAUGUGCCAGCAUGCUGCAGAUCCUCUGGAGCCAGAAGCAGAUUAACACUUUCUCAAAGCUGAACAGGAACCAGCCCGUGGCCGUCUACGAUGUCCUGCAGAUCCUCCGGCUCCACAUCUCCGUGCCGCAGUGUGACAUCUUUGGCUACCUGAGCAUUGACAACAGGCUGGUGGUUCUUGUUGCCCCAGUGGACCACCAACCAACACUUCUGCAGGUGGAGGCCUGCAGUAAGGAGGCCGAGAAAAUUGAUUCUCUCAUCAACUACGCUAGCCCCACUCUGGUGUCCCAUGUUCCGCUGUCCGCCUUCCUCAGCUCCGAGAUCAAGACCUCGUCUAUCCACUCUGGGGGCUCUCUGCCGGCACCUGUACCCAUGAUCCUCUGCUUCUGCCUGCUUCUCAUCAUCAUGGCGACUCCUAGACUCCUGUAGCUUUAAGUGCCGAUUCUUCCUCCUGUUUUUUCCCCCAUGUGCCCUUUUCCUGAGACUGUUUGGGUUGCCAUGGAAAAGGACAAGGAGGCCAUUCUGACAAUCAUUCCCAUUGACUGUUGCGUCUUAAACAAUCAAGCUGGGGAAAAAGUUCUUAUUAUAGACCAUCUAUAAAGUAUUAUUAAUUGAUGAGUUACUCACUGGGUUUCCCCCUCAGUGGAGGGUGUGUGUGUGCGAGGGCCUGUGUGUGCGUGUUUGUCUGUGUACUUGACCUCUAAGAAAUACCUAGCUUUAUAUCAACAGUGUUAUGUCAGGAACAGACUCUUUGAAAGGUGUUAAGGUUGAUGACACACUCUUUGCGUGCAUGUGUAUGCGUGUGUCUGGUCGCAGAUCCAAGACACAGAGGAAAAGUGACCUCAUUUUGCAACACAUCUUUAUGACAAAUGUAUUUACAUAAACACACACCCAAUCACUGGUGGUGAUUGAAGAGGUGUGUGUUGACAGUCAGACCAACAUGUGUGUGAUGAAGCCUCAGUGUUGACCACAUGUACAGGCACAUGCAUGUGAUGUCUGUGUGGACCUAGUGUUUGAACCUCAGCAGUGUUAUAGACUGGGUCAGGUCCAGCAAACCUGGACCUCCUCGGAUCCAGCCUUUAAGAUCAGACUCCUCUUCUGAUAAAAAAAAAAGUGCCCUAAAAUUAUGGAAUGCUUAAAGUGCCACAAAAUAUAGGGAGCAUAUACACACAAUUACAAAAUAUGCAAGUAGCAACAAAUAGAAUCAAUAGAUGUAGAUACAGAAAGAUGUGUUAAAAAAAAACUUUAUUUAAUGUCAACUAUUAGUUAUGUUAAGAAACAUGUUAUAAUUUUAUUUUAAUGUACUUUGAAUAUUCUUUACAUAUAUUUUUUAAUUGUUUUUAUUUUAGCUUCCAGUUUUACAUUUAAGGUUUUCCCAGUUUCUCCUGAUCUACCUCCUUUUAGUUAACUGUCUUAUCUUUCCAUUCUGAGCUCAAGUAAACCUUUCUGUUCAGAUCAACAAAAGUGCUGCAGAAAAAUGGAAAGAACUGUAGAAAACAAAUGACAAAAACAAAGACCGACAUUUUAAAAAACUUAUGAGCUCAAGAUGUAGAAAAAUAAAAACAAAAAAAAUGUAACUAAACAUUUUUUUAGCUCAUUUUUUAAAUUAGCUAAAAUUAAAAUUAUUUGAAUCAGCAAAAGAGAUUUAUUCAUUCCUGUGAAAAUGGCAAGAAAAACUGUACUGACAGACAAAAGAAAUGUCAUUGCUUUGUCAUGUUUCCAGCGAAUUUCUUGCCAAUCAGAAUGAUUUUGUAAAUGAUUUAAUUUUCAAGGAGCCGAAGCAUUAAGCGUAGCAUGAAGAGUUCAGUGAUGUAUUACAGACCUUUGCUGGAGUGUCUGCUUGUAAAACAUCAGAGCUCAACAGACAUAGGAAACCUGGUAGUUGUAAUAAGCAGCAUCACUCGGCUUGUAUGAAGCAUGUCAGCCAUACUGCUUGUGGAACUUAUUGGUUAGCUUGUGAGUAAUACUUUAUGUUGCUCUUCUAGAGCUCUCCUUGUGUUAAGUCAUUGAAAUACCUGUUCCUGGGGCUAAUUAAUUCACAUUCAAGUUGCACCAUUCUUUAUAGCUGUGUGUCUAUGCUUGUUUUACACAGUAGUAAAAAAUAUUAAUAUUUUCACAGUCUUCAAUUUUCUCUUAUAUCUUCCUUUUGCUCUUAUAGGUAUUUUCAUCAUUAAUUGUUUUUACCUUUAUUUACACAUUAAUUUAUUUACAGAGUGUAUUUCCUCAUAUUUUAUCUUUUUUUGUGGCACUGCUGUUGUUCCAUACUAAUCUUAACUGAUGAAGAAUGCAGGUCCGGGUCUGCUGCAGACUUUACAACAUUUUUCACGUCACCUGAUAAAGAUAGAGUUGGCGAUUUUUCCAUGGUGACUUUGAGCUUUUAGCGAAUGCCUCAUCUGAUGUGGGGCUCAAAAAGUUUAAAAACAAGAACUGCAGUCUGAAUGUGUGAAGCUACAUCAGUGAAUUCUGAUUGUAGCCAAAGACUGUUUUAUAUUUGAUGAGCACCAUCUCAAACAAAAGCCUCUCCUUGUGUUCUAUCACCAGGUGAAUGGUCCAUGACCAUAUAAAGGUUGGACUUCCUGUCCCUUGGUUGGUGCUAUAUCUCUGAAGAGAAUGAACUGUCUCUGUAGACAGUAAGAAUGAGAAGCCAUUAAAAUAACAAAAGGACAAUCAGCUAGUUCCUACCUGUAGCAUAUGUGGGCUGGAGAAGUUUUGUUUUUCACAGGUUGGCUUGCAUGUAGUCUUAUAUGAAGUAUUAUUGAAGAUGCAAUAAAUCUGUAUUUGUUUAGAAAUGUCUGUAUUUGCAAUAGACUUGAUAAUGAUUUGUAAUGAUGCCCCAUGUUUUUAAAACCAGCUGGUAUUAUUUUUAUUAUUAUUAUUAUUAUUAUUAUUAUUAUUAUUAUUAUUAUUAUUAUUAUUAUUGCAUGAUGAAAAUAUCUUUAUUCCUGGUGUGUACUCCAGUGUGUGUUGUCUGGUUCUCAUGUUUGUCUACCUGUACAGCAAUAUGUUGCUAUCUCUAUCAGUAUUAUUGUGUUGGGCAGCUCUGUAGCAGGGAACCCUGGCCAAUCUUCCUCCAUCUGUUAUUGUUUUCAUUUUUAUUAUUACUAUAUAAAGUUCUACAAUCUGA